AUGGCGGGACGCGGCAGGGAUGCCGUGUUGCCGGCCUGGAUGCGGCAAGGCGGCGCGGUGGCCGCAGCAGCCCCAGGAGCACCCGCGGCGGUAGCGCCGGCGGCGCACCCCGGUGCCGCCGCUCCUGGCUCCCCAGGCGCAGCCGCCGCGGCUGCGGCCGCGCGCCUCGCCGCGUCUCGCGCGGCUGCUGGGCCGCCGGCUCGCGCAGCGGCGGGGCCUCCCGCUGGCAGCCCCUAUGGCGGCGGCCCCUCGCCCGGCGCCUUCCCGGGCGGGCCGCGCCCCGGCGGCUUUGCCGGCGGGCCUCCGGCGGCGGCGCCGGGCGUGCCCAAGCCAGACUGGACGGAGCACACGGCGCCCGAUGGAAGAAAGUACUAUUACAACAACCGCACCAAGCAGAGCAGCUGGGAGAAGCCCGAGGAGCUGAAGACGCCGCAGGAGCGCGCGGCGGCGGCCGGCGGCGGCGCCGCGCCGGCGCCCUCUGCGGCGGCCAGCGCGUGGCGUGAGCACACGGCGCCUGAUGGAAGAAAGUACUACCACAACAGACUCACCAAGGAGAGCCGCUGGCAGAUGCCCGAUGAGAUGCGGGCGGCGCUGGGCCUGCCGCCCGCCGCGGCGGCGCCGUCGGCGGCGCCCGCCGCCGCGCCCGCCGCGGCCGCGGCGGCCAAGCCGGGCCCGGCGGCACAGGUUGUCAAGCUGGCAGGCGCGGCGGCGGCCGGCCCCGCGGCUGCGGCCAACUGGGUGCAGACGGGUCCCACGCCACACUACGCAACCACCGCCGAGGCCAAGGACGCGUUCAAGCAGCUGUUGACAGAGGCGGGGAUCAGCAGCGGCAUGAGCUGGGACGAAUCGAUGCGCCUGAUUGUGCAGGACCGCAGGUAUGGCGCCCUCAAGACGCUGGGCGAGAAGAAGACUGCCUACAACGAGUAUGUGCAGCAGCGGAAGAAGGAGGAGGCGGAGGAGGCGCGGCAGCGGCGCAUGCAGGCCAAGGAGGGCUUCUAUGCGAUGCUGGAUGAGUGCAAGGAGCUGGAAGUGACGGCGGGGCACCGCCCCAAGUUCAGCCGCGCCCGCGACCUGCUGGAACUGGAUGCGCGCUGGCAGGCUGUGGAUGCCGGCAAGGAGCGGGAGGAGCUGUUUGAGGAUUGGGUGGACGAGAAGGAGAAGCAGGAGAAGGAGGCGCGGCGGGCGGAGACGAAGCGGCGGCGGGGCGCCUUCCGGGAGCUUUUGGAGCGAUCCAAGCACGUCAGGCACGACACCGCCUGGCGCAAGGCGCAGGACCGGCUGGCGGGCGAGCCCGAGUUUGAGGCGCUGGACAAGCUGGACCGGCUGGAGGUGUUUGAGGAGUACAUCAGGGAGCUGGAGCGGGUGCACCGCGAGGAGCGGGAGAAGGAGAAGGAGGAGCGGCGGCGGCAGGAGCGGCUGGCCAGGGACGCCUUCCGCGCCCUGCUGGCCAAGCACCGCGAGGAGGGUAUCAUCAACGCCCUGACGCGCUGGAAGGAGUAUGUUCCCAUUGUGAGUGAGGAGGAGAGCUAUAAGGCCGUUGAGCGCAACGCCUCUGGCUCCCGCCCCAAGGAGCUCUUCCUGGAUGUGCUGGAGGAGAUGGAGGCGGAGUAUGGCAAGCAGCGGGAGGCGGUCAAGGCGGCGGCCAAGGAGCUGGGCCUGGAGGUGGGCGCCGACAGCCAGCUGGAGGCUUUCCGCGAGGCGCUGGCGCCGCAGCGGGGCGAGGGAGGCACGCUGGCGGGCGUGACCGACGCCACCAUCAAGCUGUACCAUGAUGAGCUGGUGGGGCGGGCCAAGGAGGAGGCCUACAAGGCGGAGAAGAAGCUGCGCCGCGCCAGGGAGGACUUUGCUUACAUGCUGAAGCACAUGCGGGGCAUCAAGCACGACACGACCUGGGAGGCGGCGGCGGAGCUGUGCGGCGGCGAGCCCGAGUGGCGGGCACUGGAGGGCGAGGAGGAGCGGCGGGCGGCGUUUGAGGAGCACGUGGAGAAGCUCAAGGCCAAGGAGGCGGAGCGUGCCGAGCGCAAGCGCGGGCGAGAGGACGGCGGCACGAGCGGCGGCGAGGAGGAGGGGGAUCGGCGGGACAAGAAGAAGAAGCACAAGAAGGAGAAGAAGAGCAGGCACGACGACCGCUCCGACGACGAUGAGCGGCGCAGCAAGAAGCACAAGGACCGCAAGCACAAGGACCGUUCCCGCAGCCGCUCCCGCAGCCGCACCCGCUCCGAACGGGCAAAGGAGCCCGAGGAGGGUGAGAUUUGA